AUGAGUACAUGGAAUUUGGAAAUAACACCAGUAGAAGAAUCUGAUGCAGGCCUUUAUGAAUGUCGUAUCGCUACACACCCAACAACAAGCAUAUUUAUUCAUCUAAAAGUUACAGUGGCCAAAGCAAAAAUUUUGGGUUCUCCAGAUUUAUACAUAAUGAGUGGUAGUAGCUUAAGGCUUGUUUGUCAUCUUCGAGAAUCUACACAAGCUCCUUCGUUCGUCUUUUGGUACCAUUCAGACAGAAUAAUAAACUUCGAUACAAAUCGAGGACUCAUUUCUCAUAUUAAUAGCACUGAAAGCGAUCUAAUUAUGCCUUAUACAAAUACUUCAGACAGUGGUAAUUACACCUGUCAACGACAAAAUAUACAACCUGCUACGAUUCACGUGCAUGUGUUGCUAUAUAAGUUUUAUUCCUCUACUAUGAUUUAUCACUAUUCUAGUUUAAAAUUAAUAAGCUGAAGCACCAGCUGCCAUGCAACAUGGUGUUCGUAGUACUACCUCUGGGUCAUUUGCAGUAUCCAAUUGUGCGUAAUUCACUUUAACAUACAUGGCAAUGCAAAUGUUAAGCUAAAAUGGACUGAUUAAAAUGUAAAUAGUCUUUUUUUAAAUUUAAAGUAUGUCAUACAGAUUAAAUCUAGGUUAUGUAUAAAAUGUAUGUAUGUUAAUUUUUAAUACGAUGUAACACAACACGAUCAUUAUUUAGC